UCUUCACUAAUUAAAACCCCACCCCGGCCACAACCUUCACUCAACUCUCUACUUCCAUUUUCGUCUCUCAUUUUUCGAUCAUCAACUAUCAUAUAUUUUGUAUAAACAAACUCUGUUUCUAAAUCACUAGUUAACCUAACUCUCCCUACAUACAUGUGAUUUCAUUUCCUUCUAAAAUACUUAAAUACUCUUAUCUGGCUCUUUCAAUUUCAAUGGCUUCACCAACUCAUGUAGUACCUUCAUCCAGAUAUGGGAACAAUAUUUUUAUUAUUCUAGUGUUGCUGAUGGUGGCCGUGCUGGCGGUCGGCUGCCAUGAAAUUGGUGGUAUUUUAGAGAAGGACAAGAAUGAGGAAGCCAAGGACACCAGCCAACACGCACGAGACAAGGCAGAGAAGGAGACUAAAGAGAGCUCCGAAUCAUGGACGGAGUGGGCUAAGGAAAAGGUCUCCGAAGGGCUCGGGUUCAAGGACACUUCUGGAGCUGGCACAGACAGAGCCGGGGAGGUGAGAGACACUGCAGCUGAGAAGGCUAAAAUAGCAAAGGCGACAGCCUAUGAGAAGGCCAGAAAAGCGAAAGAGGAGGCUGAUCGGACAGCUGAGAUGGCAAAGGAUAAGGCCUCACACAAGGCAGAAGAAGCCGAUGAGAUGGCCGAGAAGACGAGAGAAGGCAAGGACAAGGCAGCACAAGAGACGGCCGAGAAGGCAAGAGAACACGAAACAACCGAAUCAGCAAAAGAGAAGGCUGCACAGAAGGCAAGAGAAGCCAAAGAAAAGACAUAUAAGACGGCCGAAUCAGCUAAAGAGAAGGCAAGAGAAGCGAAGGAGAAGGCAUAUGAGGCGGCCGAAUCAGCGAAGGAGAAGGCAUAUGAGGCGGCCGAAUCAGCAAAGGAGAAGGCAUAUGAGGCGGCCGAAUCAGCAAAGGAGAAGGCAUAUGAGAAGGAAGAAGAAGUGAAAAAGGCUGCUAAGAGCAAAGCAGGGGAGACUCUGGAAGCUGCCAAGGAGACCAUUGGUUCCAACUAUGAAGCUGCUAAGCUCAAAACCAAGGAAAUGACCGGACGAGAGGAGCUCUGAGCUAUAUCUAUCUAUCUAUCUAUCUAUCUAUAUAUGUCAUCCGGCCUGCUUUUGCUAACUGAUCAUGACCGUGGAUGUUGUUCCCUUUAUCUAUGAUUUUGUGUAUGUAAUAUAUAUGGGUGAGGAGCGACUACUAGUUUAUAAAUGGUUUUGUUCAUGUUUUUAGUUUCA